AUGAGGAGCUUCGUCUUGAGCACAGCUUUAUUUCUCUCCAGCCUCAGCUGGAUCUCUGUUUCAGGUUCUGAGUUUCAGACUAUGGAGGUCCAACUUGAUGAAGAAGUCACGUUGAAGUGCUCCAACAUUUCGAGUCAUCCAACACAGACAGACUGGUUCAAAGUUAUCAACAGAACUAAGCCCAGCUGCAUUGCUGCUAUGUAUGGAUCUCAAGGCAAAGCUUCAUUCUGUGAUGGAUUUCGAAAUGGAAAAUUCAAUAUGAGUUCCAACAACACCUCUGUGUUUCUUAAAAUCACACAAGUGGAUUUAUCUGAUGUCGGGCUGUAUUUCUGUGGAUUUUAUGUGAAUAAGCAUACUGUCAUUUCCAAUGCAGUCGAGUUAAGAAUUCAAGGCGGUGAAACCAAUGAAGGAGAGGGUUUUAAGACGGAAAAAGAGUCUGACAGAAUGACACACCUGCUAAGCACCAUCCUGGGUAGUCUGGCUGGUUUACUCACUAUAGUGGUUAUUAUUCUGGUUUUUAAAAUCUGGAAACUUCAAAAAGUGGCAGAACAAGAACCAAAAAGCAACAAGAAUGUGAGCUCAGACGAUCUGAACUACGCAGCUCUCAACUUCCAGAAAAACGUCCAAAGAAACCGGAGGCCUGUGACACAGAGAGAGCUGGAGCCACAUGUUGUGUACGCUGCCACCAGAUAG